CUCUCGUCCUCUUCUUCUUUCUACUCCCACUACCCAAUCCAUUAAUCAUCGUCUAGGGUUUAUUAGGGACCUUUUUUUGUGAGUGGAUCGAAUCCCAUGGGGCUUCUCGACAAGCUCUGGGACGACACCGUCGCGGGGCCGCGCCCGGAGACGGGGCUCGGACGCCUCCGGAAGCAUAACUCCUUCGGAGUCCGGCCUGACGCCGUUAAAGAUGAGGCGGCAGCAGCGGCGGAGGGGGCGAUGGGGAGAUUGCGCCUCGACGAGGCUCCGAAAGUGACGCGGAGCAUCAUGAUCAAGCGGCCCUCGGGAUGCCCGUCGCCGGCGGGGACGCCGCCGCCGCUAUCGCCCUUCUCCGGUGAGGCCUCCUCGCUCUUCAGUGCGUUUCAUGAGGCCGGUUCAGAAGAAAAUCAUUAUCAGAUGCAUACGAGAGAGGACGAAACGGACCGAAGAGCCCCGCUCCUCCUUUCGAGGCGUGAGCUCUCUAAUUUGCUCCUCACAUAAGUCCGUUCCGCUGCGGUAGGAACAUUAACAUCAUGAGAGAUGGGAAGAAUGAUAUGACGUGAGUGAGAGCGUGGGGGUUUUAGUUGUACUCUAGUUGCCUAUGUUUAUAUGUUUAUAUGUAGAUGAAGUUGUGUUCGUGUUUGCGUGUUUGUGUGUUAAAGUAGCUUCUUUCUGUAGAUAAGCAGGGUUGGGGUUUGUGUGGUGUUGCUAAAAGUGUAUGGAACCCCCCUUUACUGUAGUGUUUCAUUUCAAUGUAGAUUUCUAAACUUUGUAUCUUACUGUCGACACCGCUUGAACUCUUGUUCGUUUUAAUUUGAGUCAUUUCCCUAAGAGUAGUUGGAGAGUUCUUUAGCAGCUCUGUUUACUACGUGUCACUAAAUCAGGAAACCUGCAGUUUUUGUCAGCUAAAAAGCAGAUAAUGCCGUUAAAUUUAACAGGAAAUCAUCUUCACAUUUUAAGGAAUCUCCAAUUUAUCUUAGGGCAAUGGCUCAAAUGAAAAAACAAAGAAAAGUUUAGGGAUCUGUUUCUAAAUGGCCUGUAGUCGAGGGGGUCUCCACAUUUUUACCUAUGAAGUUUGAAUGUGGGUCAAUUUAGUGCGUGUUGUUGUGGGUUGUUUGAGACCCAAGAGAGUGCGUGAGUGGUGUAUCAAAGCUGUCUAUGUUGUAUGUCUCCUGCUCGAGUAUGUGUACUGUUGCCUUGUUUAUAUUCUCAAGUAGAUAGAGUUGGCUGGUUUUCGUUGU